UUUCUUCCAUUAAAAAUUAUCGAAAACUUCAUCAAACUAAGAAAAUUCUUAUCCUGGUUCUAUGAACCAUUUGAAAAUUUGAAGUCGAAAUUUGUGAAUUUGCCAUAGAUUAAAUAAAUUCUAAAGUUGAUUUCGCACCAUUUUAUUGAACUUCUUUCUUCGAAUUUUAUUAUAAUAAAUAUUAUAAUAAUAAUUUGAAUCUCAGCAGUGUUGGGAGCGUUGUGACGUAGGUUAUACAAGUAUCGAGUUAUUUAAGUUCUGUUGAAAUAUAAGCAUAGGGAGUCGAGAAAAAUGGAAAUUUCGACGGAGUUUGAAUGCGAGACAACUCAAGAAAUAGAAAAUUAUAAUGAGGUCUGCGAAGAAAUACCCCAAACCCUCACAAAUUUCACUCGCUCCAAACAGAUCGAAACGCAAGAACAAGAAAAUAACAUGGCCGAGGUUCAAGAAGAAGUGGUCGAAAAUAAGAUGAAUAUAAAACAACAAAUUGAUCUAAAAUCACUGAUCGUCGAAGAAGCUAAACAAUAUAUUUUCAUGGAAGAACAGAGGAAGAUAACAAAAUCUUCGAUGGAGCAACUGAGUACCAAGGUACAAGAAAACAUUCAGCAGUUACGAAAGAAAAUUUUUGAGGAGAAAAACAUUCAACUUCGAGAAGAAAUAGAAAUCAACAAUGAAAAUAGCAAACUCCUGGAAAUGAAACAUUUCACAUAUACUACGAAGGAAAUUCUAGACGCGCUCAAAACAUAUGUCAACAGUAUAGAGCAACAAAUUUGCACACUGAAGUACGCAGAGCUGGAGAAAAAAAUAUUAAAAAAAUACCAGGAAAGUUCUGAAAUGAUAAACGAAAAAUUCACUAAAAUAAAUGAAGUCAAGGCGGAAAUAACAAAUUUCAUGGCAGAAUACAAAGCGACCAGUGGUCAUAUUGGGAGUGAACAGAACGCGAUGCUUAUCAAGUUGAAAAACGAGGUGGAAAGCCUCAAGAACGAUUUGGGCUCUACGUUACAAGAGAACCAACAGUUAAAAGAUGAAAUAACGAAAAUCGAUCGGGAAAUUGAAGAGAAGAACGAAGAAAUUUCUCAAAGUUCCGCCAGAAUCAAGGAGCAUUACGAGCAGGUGAUGGAACAAUGGAAAAAUUGGAAUUAUUUGAAUUCGAAUAUUCAAGAGAUGGAAUUGAAACGCAGCGGCCUCCUCACAAGCAUCGAAAGUUCCGGCGCUCUGCUUGAAAGCUUGAAGGGAUACGCUGAAGAUUUGAUCGAGGAGAAUUCCAGGCUUGAGGAAGAAUUGAAGACUGUACAGAAUGAAUACGGCGUUAUUGCUGAAGAAGAAAUGAGUAGUUUGAAAGAUGUAGAAUUAUCUGACUUAGAACAGGAGGAAGAGAGGUUGGCCAAAGAACUCGAAGAAUUAGAAAAGCAAAUGUCUACAUCGAAAGAAGAAUACGACAAUCUCGUAAUACAGAAUCAUGACGAAGACUUGAACCUUUUGACAGCACGCAAUUCAGUUGAAAGCCUUCGACACGAAUUAUCAAACAUCCAGAAUACAAAUAAGAGGGAAUACGAAGAAAUUGAAAAGCUAAAGACAGAGACGAUAAAAUACGAAGAAGAGCUACGGAGGAUUCAGGAUGAUUUAGAUGUAGCCGAAAAAGAACUGAUAUCGCAGAAAAAGAACAAAGAACAACUCGAAACUUCCCUGAAAAACCUCCACCAAGAGCUCGCGGACGAGAACGAUCGCUUCGUUUACAAGAGGAACACAUUGCAACCCCACUUGGAGAACAAACUGCAGGACCUAAAGAAAAAGCUGGGGGAAAUCGAAGAGACGAAUAAAGAAGAAAAGAGAAAAUACGCCGAACUUAUUGCGACAAAUAAAAAGAGGAAUGAUCAAUACAACCGUUUGCGCAACCUUUAUCUGAGGCUGAAAUCAUCCCCUACGAAGCUUCCAAGUGUUACGGCUGCAGAGAGGCAGCAAAAUCAAGAGGAUGAUGGGGAAAAUAAGGAGGUCAUAGAAGGGGAGCGUUCCGUUGGCGAAUCUAGCCCGAAGGGCAUUCUCAAAUCGCCGAAUGCUAAAAGGUCGGCUCCCACUACCCCUACGAAGAAUGUCAAAUUCAUUGGCGUUUCCCCCGUUCCAUCCAGCAGUAGCUGCGAUCUGUUGAGUGUCACCAACGCCGAUAAACAAAAGAAAAAAGAUGAUCCUUUCGAUGACCUGAAAAAGAAUCUCACUCAAAGGAAGAGAGCUUUUGAUUGAAGAAGAAUCUGAGAUUCAUCGUAUUAGUAUUAAAUUCACACAUUACUUAGUAAAUAAGCAGUUGCAUCAUUAAUUCAGUAGUCAUUAAAGUAUUAUAUCUUUUCAUUUAUGUUCUGAAUAAAUGUAAUAAAUAAAUUA